CCGUGAAUAGUUGGGUCUUUAGUGUGUCUUUAACCUUUGAAAGGCUGUGAUCCGCCAAUCCCGGACUCAAAACUCCGAUUGCAAUUGCCUUGCUCCUUCUACACCCCCCGUUGCUGGGCAGAAUUGUCGACGUCACCUCCCGAAAGCUGCCCCCUCAGGAAAACUUCUACUCUCCACCAAACUGCAGAAACCCACAGCUGUCAAGCGAUUCUUUCCCUGUGUCGAUCCGGUUGCAGUCUUAUCUUCCGUCGCAUCCCGCCUCAAGAACCUUGAAUUCUAUUUCACUUCUCUCUUCUCUCACCCCUAUUCAUCACCAUGCAUCGUACCUAUUCUAUGCGCCAGUCGCGCGCUCCGACCGCGUCCCAGAUCGAAAGCCCCCCACCACCAUUGUCCACAACCAAGACCGGGAGAUGGCUAGGGAAAGGCGGCAUCGGACAUGCCUUCCGAAAGAACGCCGCUGGUGCCUUUGGGCCCGAUCUCGCCAAGAAGCUGUCGCAGCUUGUCAAGAUGGAGAAGAACGUCAUGCGCAGCAUGGAGCUCGUCGCCCGGGAGCGCAUGGAAGUCGCUCAACAACUCUCCAUCUGGGGUGAAGCUUGCGAUGAGGAUGUGUCGGAUGUGACGGACAAACUCGGAGUGCUGAUUUACGAGAUCGGCGAACUGGAGGACCUGUUCGUCGACCGCUACGACCAGUACCGAGUCACCAUCAAGAGUAUCCGUAACAUCGAGGCAUCCGUACAGCCCAGCCGAGACCGCAAACAAAAAAUCACCGACGAGAUCGCCAAGCUGAAGUACAAGGACCCCAACUCUCCUCGCAUCGUCGUUUUGGAGCAGGAGCUCGUCCGCGCCGAAGCCGAGUCUCUUGUCGCCGAGGCCCAGCUGUCCAACAUCACCCGCGAGAAGGUCAAGGCCGCCUUCCAAUACCAAUUCGAUGCCCUCCGCGAGCACUGCGAGAAGGUCGCCAUCGUCGCCGGCUAUGGCAAGCACCUACUGGACCUGAUUGACGACGCCCCAGUCACUCCCGGCGAGACCCGCCACGCCUACGAUGGCUACGACGCCAGCAAGGCCAUCAUCCAAGACUGCGAGGACGCCCUCAGCAACUGGGUCAGCUCCAAGGCAGUCGUCAAGUCCAGCCUGUCCACACGCUCGCGCACCCUCUCCCAGCGCCACCGCAACAACCUGGGCAAGAACCGCGAGGGCCAUGACCUGUCUUCGCAGGACCAGCCCUUGACUGGAGACCGCGACUCUUGGCUGCCUGCUGACCAGCACCCCAGCUAUGAGGAUGGCGAAGAUGGCGUCAGCACCGUUGACGGCGAGGGCCGAGGCCGCGAGGAAGAGCGCGAACCUAUUGCUGCCUAAGCAGGGAUUAAUUGAGAAACGGAGAUGGAAGAGAUAAUGAUCUCUUCUCGCAAAUAUGACGACUGAUUAUACAGGAGGGAGACGGUUGUCCACCUCUCUCUCCUUUAUUUCCGUCCUCUCCACACUCCUUUUCAUCUUCUCUGUCAAAAUUUCCUACCUCGUUCUUCGAUAUACGAUUUCGUUCCUUUCUUCGGUGUUAAUCCCGGAAGGCGAGAGACCAAAAUCACGCAAUGGACUUAUGUUCUGCAUGAUAUAUAUCUCUCAACUACGUUCCCUCAAGAUCUGAAUGUCGUGAUCUGCCGCCUAAGGAUCGUGCUGGGAUUUGUUCCACUUUUCUCUGUGUGUGUGGGUCAGGGCAAGGACCGAGACUUGGUUCUUGUUUUGUUCCCCGAACCAGAUGGAAUUCUGCUUGGGGUUUUCUGUGUCUGUGUUUUGUGUGCUUUUCCCCCCUUAAUCAAUGUAAUACCAUCUUACGUUGGAUUGUUGUUAGUUUCUGCUUUUUUGGUUGGGCUCACGUUAUGAUACUUUGGUUCUGGGUAAUUUAAGUAGGUGUUUUAAUGGAUUUGUUCUCUUAGAUUGAUACUUUGGCUUUAAUUAAUUUUAAUAUAU